AUGGGAAGUGGCCCAAGCAUGAAUCACAGCCCUGGUGAUCUAAUGGAUCAUCACCAAUAUCCUGACAUGAAUAUGGUGUUUAAAGGUAUACCAAAGAUGAUACAGGUCGCCGAUGACAUGCACCGAAUGACUGACUACAUAAUGGAUAUGAGGAAUUUGACAAUCGCCGUGGUUGCGAUUUCGGCCGUCGGAAUCCUCGGAUUCCUUAUUUUAAAAAUUGUCCAUGGCAAGAGCUCCAGAAGAAAGAGACACUCGUUCCAACGACAGAUGGAAGAAGGUUACCCCCCAGCAGCUCCUAGAUAUUAUUAUCCAUCACAGUACGCUCCGGAACCAUGGGAUCGCCCAAAACAUAACUAUAGACUUUUUAGUCCUUCUCUUGACGAAAAGAAAGCUGGAGACUGUCGAGGAAGCCCGGAUUACGGAAAAUCCAAUGGCGGAAUGAAUUACAAGCCGUACUCAAAUGACUCAUCGGAAAUCACACCGGAAAUCGAAAAAAAGACAUCACUUAGCGGUGAUAUGUCGCAUCGCACGACAUCUAGUGUGCCCAAGAGAUCACUAGAUCCUGUCAAACUAGUUGUUGGUGAUCUUCCUUAUGUCGAUACGGCAUAA